AUGGCUGCACCAGUAAAACUGCGGAUUAUCCUUGGUUCCAACAAUGCUGAAAAACUGACCAUAGAAUCAGGCUUGCCAGCAUCUGUUGAGGAUCUUACAAAUGAGAUCAAACGUCAGUUUGAUAUAGAGGGGGACAUUAGACUUCAGUACAUGGACAGUGACUUUGACAAUGAGUUUGUUAACCUUAACCAAAUUUGUGACAUUCAAGACAAGAGCACAGUGAAAAUCAUUCACUUGUCAGAUGCUCUAGACCUCAGCCAAGGCAGCAUGAAUCAGAGUGGAGAAGAAGCAUCGUUCUCAUCUUCUGACACAAUAAUACUCUCCUCUGAUUCAGAAUCUCCUCGAUCAUCACAUUGGCCGACAGAAUUCCAAAUUCCAAAGUUUUCAUAUGACGUAGAGAUGCAACUUCGAAGUGCAAACCAGGACUUCAUAUCAAAUGGAGUUCUUCUGACACCCGGUCAUAAACUUAAAUCAGACAUCUUGGAAAGUCUGGCUCAGGAAAUCAUCAAGUUCAAGGCAUAUCCCUCAAACUUGGAAAUUGAAUCUGUUGCUGAAGCUUUGAUCAAAGCACAUCCAUGUUUGAGAGAACAGGGAUCCUUCAGUGGUUUCUACGGCUGGAAAAUAAGCCUUAAGUAUAAGAUAGCAAACUACAGGACAAAACUUAGAAAGUUGGGGUGCCCAGAACUGAGCAUCAAUUCCCUCAAGCACAAACCUGCAGAUAGAUGUCAGCCUGCCUACGAUGUCAAAAAACCAAGGAAAGCCGAAGUAAAUUUUUGUCCUCCCUAUCCUGCUGGAGAGACCCAGGACAGCCUUGAAGGGGAAAGAUUGGCGUUGUUAUCUGAGGUCAAGAAGAGACAUAAUGAUAAAGUUAUCAAAGAAAAGAUGGCUAAGACGUUCGCAUACAGAAGGCAGGAGGUUGUCAGAGACAAGCCCAUGAUGGCAGAGUUCAAGAUCAGAUGGCCAGGACUGUUCACUGUGGCAGAGGUGGAAGCAGAAUUUGUGAGGAUCACUACUGCCCCCCUUGUCUCAAGGUUCCAUGCACAGCUUGACCAACACACUGCCCAGCUCAUCAAAGUGUUCAAGAAGAAAGGGGGCUUUGCAGGGACUAACAUUAGCAGGAUUUUGAUCCCAAUCACACAGAAUGAAAGUAUUGAAAAGAGGAGGGAGUGCAUCCUGAGGGCGCUUUGUAUCUACCUCAACGAAGACCCGAACAUCCUCUUCAAAGAAUACCUGGAUACUGAUGGUACGGCUGUAGAGGGAGGCCUUGAGGAGCUUACCCUGGGCAUCUACAUCAUCAAAGUCGAGGGAGGUGAUGCCACCACUCCUCCAGCUGAUGUUGGAAUUGUCAUUGAGGGUGUUGAAGUUCUACAUGACCUGGGAGACGUCGCCUCUGCAUGUGCACUCUUAAUGGGUGCAAUAUAUGCAAUGAACCUCAGUUAUCCUAAGGAACUGAGGUACUUCUUUAAAGUACUUCAAAAGCUCUUCCUUCAACUGGAUGCUGUCAAACUUUCACCCAAGGUACAGAUGCUCAAGAACAAACUGUUUGAAUGA